AUGUUAUCUACGGCAUUCUACGAGCCCACUGAGGUCAGAGCUUCAUUUCGCGUUGUUCAUAGAAGGCGACACCUGGCAGUUUUGGUUAUGGAGCUUUUUUCCAGCAUACAUGUGCAUUUCUUAAUGAUGAUUGACAUUGACUUCAAUUCUCUAUUAUUGGACUGGGGCGAGGCAUGUCAGCAGUCAGCGUUGACAGCAUUCAUGUCCACAAGUUUGAUGGCUGGAGCAUUGACGGGAUCUUUUACAGCCGGAUGGCUUGCGGAUACGUAUGGAAGACUACCGGUUUUCGUUGCUCUGCUUGCUCGUUUCACUCAGCACUGGUUUCUUUUCCAUCUCUUUACAUCAGUGAUGGCUUUCGUGGCAUUUCUCGCU